AUGUGCCUAUUUCAGCGCCAGAGUUCACUUUGGCUUGACAGCUGCACCGCAGAUGCGCUGCAGCUGGAAAAACAAAUGCUUUUCUCGGAUGCUGGUUGUGUCCUGGUGCAGGGCAGUGGCGCUGAUGUCAGCACGACCAGCUGUGCGGCAGUGCAGGACCAGCUGUGGCAUUUUGAAGGGGGAAACUGCAUCUUUGGCAUGGACAUGGUGGAUGUUGCGGACAAAAAGUGGAAGUUUUCCGUGCCGAUUGCAGGAGCAGACCUUGGCUCGUCAGGCGGACUUGCUCUCCGGCAGCUGCAGCCUUCAGGAGGAGAGCUCGCUUUCCAGCAGCUGAAGUUCGUGCCGGAGUCCCGCCACCCGGCGAAGGAGCUCCAUCAGCUUGGCAUGUUUGGCGGACCCUGGGAUGUCUCGGUGGCUAUGCAGGAAGACUCUGGCAAGCUGAGCCCGGUGACCAAAGUAUACAACUCAUCUUCUCCAGGUGGCUUUCUGAAGUGGUAUGUCCCUGCACAUGGUUGGGCCUUGGCCCACCAGCAGUCUGUGGAGGACGAGCAGCCCUAUUACUUGUAUGACAGUAAUGACAGUUCGUCAUCCGUCCAGUUGCGGCAGUCCAAGUUAAGCCAACUGACGGACAGCUCCUUCUUCUGGGACAUCUCGGGUGCCAAUGGUGGCAUGAUCAAGAACAAAGCUACCGGGAAGUGCCUUCAGAUGCCGACGAUGGCCGUCAGCAGUUCCGACAGAUGGCAUGGCAGGCGCUUCAAGCGUGGCCCGCAGAAUGCCAACAAUUGCGGACCCAACGGCCUCCUGAACUCGAUUUCCACGAACGACUUUGGCUAUCCAAACAGGCACAAGUGCGUACGUAUCGGCGCAAGCCAGGAUUGGACCGAUCACGGGGCAUCUUGCCAGGAUCCAGUCUAUGACCAGACCCAACACGCCACAUCAGUCGUUGUGAAUUGUCCGUCAGGUUUGGCUUUGCAGAGCACUUCAAUGGAUUUCAAUGUAUUUGAUAUCGCAACCGACUACAACUUCACUUGUUGCGCACCGGUUAUGCCACCGCAUGUAACAUGGGACAGCGAUGAGUACACGGUGACGUAUACCUACUGUGAUAACUUCUUGGCCGGGGUGAAAUGGUCAGGGGGUGAUGCGUAUAAUGCACAUGUGACGUGCAUGGGACGGACUUUGACUACCGUGGACUCGAGCACGCGGCCUUUGACGACCGGGACCUGCGAUGCGGGCAAUGUCUACCAGCAGUGGGAAUUUGCCAAGAAUGUAUCCAAGGAGGACCCUUCUGCUGCGACCGGCGGAGGGCAGCUUCACAAAGACACGCAGGCGCUUGUACAAAGCCAUGGUGCAGACGAUGGCUUUAUCAGCUUGACAGACCACGAGAACUUCGUCAACGUGAGCAACUGCGAGGCUUCAUUGGUGCUCCACGACAGUGCAUCGGGAACCAAUGGUACUGAUCUCGCUCUGGAGAUUGCCGGCUUCGAUAAACUCGAUACUCAGCAGAGGCAGGCUUACCAGUAUGUGGAUCACUAUGAGGUGGUGAAGCCGCAUGGAAACGGGACGAAGGUGCUCUUUGCUUGCCAGGCAGCGGAGUCUGACCAAAGCGGCUCGCAAGGCAGCUCGUGCUCCCAAUGGGCAUCUGUGAGCCCGGAGGACUUGUCAAAGAUCUACACAGCCGCUACGACCUUGAUGAUCGAGAAGGUCUGCCCGGUUCUGAUGAACAACUCGAUGUCCGUGAGUCCAUCUGUGGCCACGAUCAUGAAUCCAAACGGGAUGACGCUGAAGGCCCUUGCAGUGAUCAUGCGCAACGCUCCCUACAAGACGCUCCCGUUUGAAGAUGCUCGAAGCUGGCCCUUCUUCUUUAAGGGCGCCAGUGGUGAGAGGGCUCAGUCCAUGGGGUACCUCAGCGUCGCAGCCAGUGGGGAUGCGUUUUGGGGCGUCACCUGCCCGCCCGGAGCUGUGGUAGUCUCGGAGGAGAAGACGCUCCCGCACUGCCUGGACAUCCACGCUUCGGAUUCACAGGAGGUCCUGUCAGCCUACUCAGGGUCAGCGACGUGUCCUUCUGGCUAUGCUAUCAGCGGAUGGUACAACCUGCCUGGCAUCAAGGUGAGGGGCAACCACCUCGCUGGCGGCCCACGAAAUUGGACUGAGCUCAAGGUCUUUUGCCGGAGGACAAACUUGAUUGGCUUCUGUGACCACCCAUCAAAGCCGCAUUGCACUGCGGGUCACGUGGUGAAUGCCGUCAGCUACAGUGGGAAUCAGUUCAAGCUGGGCUGCUGUCGUUUCCUUUGGCCCAUGGGCGCAUCGUUGUUGCCUUAUGGACGGGUCGCGAGACCGUAUCUGAGCUUUGAGGGCUACUACUGCCCGACACAAAUAGGCUCCACAGGCUCAGCCCUCUACGGGAAGACUCCGAUGGGAGCUCUUGGCGAGCCGGGCACAUCCUCGGAUUUUGACUUCACGCUCUCAUGGGACAAGUUCAGUGGGAAUUGGAACCUCCGCAAAGGGACUGACACAGUCUACACUGUCCACAGCGAUGCCCUCUCGCCCACCGAGAUCCCGAACGGCCCCUUCUCGGCAACGUCCAUCACCUCCUUGAUAUCAGAGACGCAGCCGGAGGCGCAGAGGAAGCGUCCUCCGAGGAAGCCCACGUAUCCAACGCUGCAGGAAUUCACGCCCACGCAGCCCGACUACAAGAAAUACUGCAGCCCUGUGUAUCUCCAGCAUCCCCACCUGUACAAGGGCAAAGUCUCGCACACGAACCCGUGCUACCACACCUUCAAUGCCAAGAUGGUGCAGGGCGGCGAAGAAAAGGGCAUCUCUGAGAGAUCGUUUUGGAGCUGCAGUACGCGGACGAAGGCGCGCACCCGCAUGAAGGGCACUGCGGAGGUCCAGCAGCAGGAGGAAACAAAAAACAUCGAAAAGAGGCAGCGAGCGCUUCAAAUGACGCAGUUGGCUUUGGAGCUGGCCAGUGCAAUCGUGGGAGCAAUUCCCAUCGGAAACCAUGGGACCUCGGGCAAAACAGGAGAAGAGAACGCGGGGAAUGCGGAGAAGAAUGCCAUGAUCGACGCGGAAGUUCAAGCCCAGCAUGAGAAGGAAGUGGCCGAUUUGGGCGUGCAAGCAGAUCCAAUCCAGCAAGUCGAUGCUGACGUGAAGGCAGAUCCAAUCGAGAAAGUCGAUGCGGAUGUGCAACCAGAUCCAAUCGCUGAAUGGCAAGAAUUAGAAGGAGAAGGAGAAGGAGAAGGAGGGUGGGACGAAAUUCAGGACGCGGACGAAGUUCCACUUGAUCCUGUCCAGGAUGACAUCGAAGAAAUGGAUUUGAAUCCGGUUAAUGGUGACGGAGGGAAUCCGGCCCCUGCUCCGGCACCGGAGGCGCAGCAGGAGCCGCCACCGUCACAGGCCCGGAAGGAGCCGGAGAAGGCGAACAAGAACGAGGGAGAGAAGAAGGAGAAAUGGUAUAAGCAAUACUACCUCAAGUUGCCGCCGAGCCAGGAUAACGUUAUGUACGGGGUCGGGGCAGCAGCCAAAGUCGUCGAAACCGGCCUAACAGGGGCAGAGAACUACAGAUGGUCGGAUGCCAGCUCCAGCUCUGAAAGCACACUCAGCAGUUUGAAGGAGAUGAUGGCGAAGACGUUGCCCAAGUUCGAAGCGACAGAUGACAGAACUUCGUACAACAAGAAGCUUGUUGAGGCGGACUCGGCAGAUUGCUUGCCUCUGCAAUACGGGCUGUCGAAGGUGAUGUGCGACCUCUUUUGCUUACAGGACUCCGUGCGGGCUGGCACCUCUGCUGUCCUGAAGGCUCUCCAGGACUCGCAAGACGUCCUCACUCAGAAUAUCGAGGACUUGCUUGAUUACCAGACGAACUACAUCCUUUGGGCUCUCUACAACGCGGCUGCUUCGGCGAAAAAGGAUUCCGGGCAUCAAGACGAAGCGCCGCCAGAAGCCAGCGCCCUCCUUGCCGGGCUGCGGCAGAUCGACUUCAAGCAUGUGCAGGUGACGGCGCCCAGGCUUUCCAGAGACAUCCUCCGGUGGCAUCAAGCAACAGGACAGAAUCUGUACAAUCGCCUAGCGUCCCUGACCGUCAAUGCCUCCAAAGAGAGCUGGCCCUUCCGUGUGAAGGCCGCCCGUGGCAUGCUGCACCACUUCCAGGCAAGCUUUCAACAGCGCCUGCGGGUUGGAGCUACGGAAGACCCGAUGGCGGACAAGAUGCAGCUCAUGCGGGAGGACACAGUGCAGCAGCACAAACUCACCAUCAAGGCUCAGACGUUGAACUUCGACCUCAGUCUGGAAUCUGCACCUUCGUAUCUGGUCGAAGCGCUCCUGCGGUGUCACGAGAAGCACAGCACCUAUGUCAUGCUGCACUCGAAAGCGCUGCACCAAAUGGACACAGCUUUGGCCGCAGUGCAGAACUUCACGAAAUGCGAUGCGGACACCCAGGCCCUGCACGAAGCCUGGCAACUGGCUGUCCGAGCAGAGGAGCGGAGCCAGGAGGUCUUGAUUGAGGCCUGGGCGGCAACGGUGGCCGGAGCGCACAGCAUCACGACGGCCUUAAAGGAUGAGCGGCUCCUUUCGUUUCUGGGAGACUGGGCCAAGGACGUGGAGGAGGAGGUGAUGUGCCAGAACGCCACAAUGCUGGCCUUGCAAAGCCAGGCACUGGCGGCCGCUGCCUUGGAUCGCACGGCAUGGGCGCUAAUGAAGGAUGUGGUCACUUUCCAGGCGUUGGCGCUCUACCAGCAGCAGCAGCUGAAGAAGAAGCGCUUGGAGCAUGUUGCCUUGCCAGAUACCUGGGAGGCGCUGAAGAUCCCGCUGCUGGCCGCGGCGGACCCGAGCCAGCCCCUGGGGCAGAGGCUGGCCGCAUCAGCGCUGCAGGCUCUCGGCUCGGAGUUCUGCCCGUCACCGCCGGGCUGCGUUCAUGGGAUUCUCGUGGGCACCAGGGUCGGCGGCGCCGUGCGCUGCGCGCACGCCGGGGACGGAGCACAUGUGCUGUCCAAGCACACUGCCUCCAAGCUCAUUCAGGAGAUGCCCCUCCGCCCGAAGCCGCUUCGGAGCCUGACCUUGAUGCAGAUGGUGGAGGCGGCGGUCGAUGGUGCCGAGCUGUGA